ACGUUCGGACCCUUGCGCCCGUGGCCCGCUUCUUCCUUUCUCGUCGUCUCGCGCUUAGCGCCACGGCUUCCAUUUGUUGGGAGAUUUGAUCCAGGGCCAGGGCCAGGGCCAGGGCGGGGGAGGGAGGGAGGAAGAGGGCCAGGCAGCUCGCCUUCGUUUCGUGGUCUUGGGGACGGCCGUCGAGGCAUGUCGUGGAGAUGAGCUCGAGUGCAUAGCGAGGGGUGGGGUGCGAUCGAGAGAUAGAGAGAAAGAGAGAGGAUCGAAAGAGGAAAUUCCGGUGGCGCUGUCGAGCGGGGAGCAGGGCAAUUGCUGAAUUUGGUGCAGCGGGGCUGGGGGUUGGGGGGUCUGCUGGGCUUUGUCGUGUCGAGGCAGGAUGAGUCGAAUUUGAUUUGGGUGGAAGGCGGAUGUGGGAGUGGGGUUUGUAAUUUGGGAUUGAAGAGCAGGUUUGAGGAGGAGGAGGAAGGGCGGGGAUUGAGGUGGUCGGUAUGGUGGAAAUGAGUGCUUUUUGGGAGAGGAUUGUGUGAGAUUAGUUAGGGUUGGCUGAGCUGAAGGCUCAUGGACUCCCUGUGCUCGAGGAAGUAGCUCGCGGAACGCGUGUGAGUCGUCGGACCAUGUCGAUCACCUGCGAGCCAAGUAGAUGCGCCGUCGCAAGGCGGAGUAGUGUUGUUGUUUCGUCAGGGUGCCAGUACUCACUGUGUUUUCCUCGGAGGCGAGUUUUUCUGCGUGUUCCCUGCCCGAGCGAUGUCAAUCAGUUCAACGAGGCAUCGUCCAGGCUGAGUCUUCAAUCUCGUUUCGUAAAAUCUCGGAGAACGACCACUGGCAGCAGCUGCAGCAGGGAUGACAAGAAGCAAGGAUGUCAAACCAUCAUUUGUCAGAGCGCAGCGGGCUCAUUUUCUCCGUCUACGGAUGCUGGAAGGCCGUUCUGCUGGCCGAUUUCUCUCGCCCCCUUAGCUGCAUUAGCUCUAGCUUUUUCCAGAGCAGCUACCUUUAUCGUUAACCUACGCGAGGAGAUUCUUCAAAGGAAAAAUACUGGUGAAUGUGCCGAGCGAGAAUUUUGCGAAGCUGCGGAGAAGAACUUGCCUUGGAAGCCUGAAAUGGUCAAGGCUCUAGCUCGGUCGGGGGGAAUAAGCAUGGCACUGCUGAGCACCACGGCGCUCGCCAAAGACCAUCUUACACCAGUCAUCAUGACACUGCGAGCGAAUCCCACUUUUAUGUCGGGGCUUAUCGCAUGGGCUCUUGCACAGGUGAUGAAGGUUUUCACAUAUUACGUAGUUGUCCGAAAGUGGGACUUCCGGAUGGUGAUGGGUUCAGGCGGAAUGCCCUCGUCUCAUUCUGCUCUCUGCUUCGCACUGACCACUUCAGUGGCUCUCGUGCAUGGAGUUGCUGACGCUCUGUUCCCAGUUUGCUUAGGGUUCACUCUUAUUGUAAUGUACGACGCUGCUGGUGUGAGACGACACGCGGGGAAGCAGGCUGAGAUCUUGAACAUCAUCGUGGCGGAUAUGUUCCAAGGGCACCCUAUUAGCGAGAGGAAGCUGAAGGAGCUCUUGGGCCACACACCUCUGCAAGUGUUUGCGGGAGCAGCUCUAGGAAUCUUAGUUGGGUACCUGUGCUCUCAGCGCGUUUGAAGGCAGUCCUUUCUCUGCACUGAAGGUUAGCCAUGUGGUACAAGUCUAUCAGAGGGCUAGUUUAUGACAAUCUCACUCACCAUCCCGGGUACAACUAGUCUCUGGGUGAGAUGAAGCGCUGGAAGCUUGUGAGGUAACUUUGUUUAGAGCUGUACCAGAUUGUACAGGGCGGGAACCUGAAAUUUUGUGUGAUCUGUAGAGUACUCAUUUUGGUAGGAGUCACGAGUUGCCGUAUGUUGACAGAGCCGAAAGGGCAGCGUGGUAGCAAGCAAGCGAGCAACUUUGAUGAGAGGAAUUUGACGAAAGGCAUUUUUAUACCCACCUAUUUUCAGAUUAAAGAUUCUGUCGCCUUUCAGAUGUACGAAGGCGGAUCUUCGUCAAUGCAAUCGAGUCCCAGGGUAAUGACUGUCGUUCUCUACAGCUGUAAAGUCAAGUCCUGAGUCCGUUUGUGCUCUCUACCAUCAAUUGACAGAAUCCGGCCAGUGACGCCAGUCCUUUCACAAUCUCAGCCCCAUGAUUACGACAUCAUCAGAACCUCUCCGUAUGGUCCUCCCGUGGAAAGGAAGAGCUAGCUGGCUGACGUGGCGGGGAAUGGGCUCAAUUCAAUUCCGAGAGUAGGGCAUCGAAUCUAUAGUUCCAUUUCCGAUUGACUGAUUGGUGGAAAAGAAGGGGAUCUUGGACUCGUCCACUGUCGACAUUUCUACCACACUUGUAACUGAGAUUCCGGGGAUUCCGAAAGGACAACUGGGAACACAGAAACGACGUCCAGCCUCUGGCGG